CUGGUGGCGCUGCGGGUGGCGUUGCUGAGGACGCAUGCAGUGCUGAUCCGCGGUGGCGCUGCGCUGGCUGCCGACCCACGGGUCCACGACGCGCUGGAUGAGCUGCUGGCUGGAUGCGGCUCCGGUCGGCUGCUGGGGCCGCUGACGAGUUUGCUGGCGGCGACGCAGCUGAUGGUGCUUUUGAACAACGUGCAUCGGGUCAAUUCCGAGCCCCAGCCCGCCGCCGCUGUUGCAGCUGCCGCCGACAACGGCGCCGGCCCCAGCACCGCCGCUGCCCCACCCGCUCCCGCCCCCGCCUCCUCCUUCUCUGUCGUACAACGCCUCAAGCAAGCCCGUGACGCACUGGUCUCCCAUCUGGUGGCCCUGCAUGCCGCUGCGGGCAGCAGCGCGCAUGCGGAGGGAGGUGCCCUGGAGCUAGACGAGGAGGGGGAGGAGGAGGAGGAGGAUGGAGAUCGGCACAUGCGCAAUGCUGGUCAGCGGCGGAACCGAAGGAGCAGUCUUGGCAUGGGUGGCAAAGGCGGCAAGGUGGUGGAGGGUGUGGCGGUGAUUCAGGACGCUGCGUUCCGGGUGCUGACGGAUGUGGCGCUGGUGUUUGGAUCCAAGAACUGGAAGGGUACCCCCCUGGAGCGGGUGUGCCAGAUGUCCCUCAGCGAGCAGGUGGCGGACCUCAUGUGGCGCCACUGCGCGGGGGUGCUGCGGGCGGCAGUCACGGUCGGGGAGCCGGAGGAGGGAGAGGAGGAGGAGGACCUCCCAGACGACGCCGACGAGCUGGCCGCCGGCCCCCGCGACUCCCCCUCCGCCGCCCCCCGCCGCUCCUCCUCCUCCGCCUCCCGCUCCGCCGCUGUGGCCGCCAAGCUAGCAGCGGUGGGGUGCCUGGGUCGGCUGCUGGCGCACGACGUGUGCGGGGCGUACCACCGCACCAUAGCGGUCAACCUGGUGGCGGAGUUCUGCAACCACGGUCCCGAGGUGGCGGAUCUGAUUCGGGACGUGUGUCGGGAGAUGGCGGCAGCGCGGCCGCAUGGAGAGAUGCCACAGAUCUACACGGGGGCCAUACGGCAGUGUUGGGAUGCCGUCACCGCCGCUGGCGAGCUGGGCGAGCAGGCGGAGCACGCGGCCCUGCAGCGCUUCUCAGAGCUCAGCCGCCAUGUGGCCAGCAUGUAUGCAGGCCACGGCACCUCCCGCUCCGAGCUGCUCUCCAUCCUGCGCGACCUCACCGCCGACUCCUUCCGCGACGCGCCCACCAACCUGGCGCUGCUGGCCUGGGGCGCAGCUGCCUUCGUGGCUAAGCUGGCUCCACCGGACGCCGGGGAGCUGGUGGGGGAGCUGGAGGGGCGGCUGAACGAUGCGGAGGCGGAUGGGGAGGAGGGGGCGGCGGCGGCGCGGCAUGAGCGGGAUGACCCCGACUGGGCGCCCAUGUACCACUACUUGGGGCUGUUAAAGGAGAAGGCCUCCAAGGGGCGGGUGGCUCCCCGCGCGCUCAAGGGCGCCUCCGCCACCACCCCCAAGGCCGCACGGAACCGCAAGAUCUCCUUCGCACCCUCACCCCGGGAACGACAGCAGGCGGACGAGGAAGAGGAGGAGGAGCAGGGGGAGCAAGAGGGCGCAGCAGCCUCACCACAAGCCCGGCCGAAGAAGCAGCAGCAGGCCAAGAAGAAGGCGGCUGCGGUUCCGGAGGAGGGGGCGUGGCUGCAAAAGGCGGUGCGCGCUGCGACUCGUAAGCCGGCGGUGAGAAUUGAGGAAGAGGAGGAUGAGGAGGUGGGUGAGGAGGAGCAGCAGGCGCGGGAGAAGGAGCGCCGCACCCGAGCGCAGGCUGCAGCUGGGAGCAGGCGCCGGCCGCAGCAGCAGGUGUCUUUCAGGGAGGCUGCGGAAGAGGAGGAGGAGGAAGAGGAAGAGGAGCCGCCGCCGCAGCAGCAGCAGGAGGCGCGGAGGGGGCCGAAGACAGCAGCAGCGGGUCGGCAGGCCGCGGCGGCUGCUGUCGUACCUUCUUCCGCACCGCAACGACCAACCGCUCGUCGCACCGCAGCCAAGGGCGGAGCCGCCGCCGCUGCCCCUCCUGCAGCUCCUCUAGCCCCUGCCGCUGCCGCUGCUGCCGGCGCUCGUUUGCGCGAUAUUGAUCAGGAUGCCGGACCCCAUGCCCGACUGACACAGACCCAAACACAGUCGCAAUCGCAAUCGGUGUCGCGCUCACAGUCCCGGGCGAGGACCGAGUCGCAGUCCCGGGGCCGUUCCGGCGGCCGCUCUCAGCAGAUGCAGCAGCAGGGAUCGCUGGGCGCGUUCAGUGACCUGGCGGCUGAGACGGAGGGAGCAGGAGUGCGCGAGGAGGACGAAGCGGAGGUGCGGCAGCAGCAGGAGGAGGAGGUGGACGAGGGAAGCGAGGAGGAGUUGCUGGAGGAGGAGGAAGAGGAGGAGCAGCAGGAGCCGCAUGCGGCACAUGAGGAGCAGCAGGAAGAGCCUGGGGUGGAGGAGGAGGAAGAAGAGGAAGAGGCAGCCAACCAAGCCGCUUACGGGGAGGAAGAAGACCAGGAAGAGGAGGAAGAGCAGGAGGAGGAGCUUCGUCUGCAGAUGCCAACGGAAGAGGAGCUGCCGCCGCCAGCAAAGCGGCUGCGGGGCCGGCAGGCCAUGGCUCCUCCUCCACCUGCUCCCGCUGCUGCUGCUAGGGCUGCAGCUCAACCGCCUGCGGCAGCGGCAGCGCGGGGUACGGCAGCAGCGGCGGCGGCAACAGCAGCGCCUCAGGGCCAACGCGGUGGGAGGGCGGCAGCAGCGGUGCAGCCAGCUCCCUCGGUGUCGCUGGUGGCGAUCACGGGUCUGACAGGCAAUGGGACUCGCAGUGCGGGCAGCCGCGGGACGUCAGCGGGCAGCCUGGCGGCGAGCGAGGUGGAGCAGG